AUGACAGCAUCAUCGUUGUUCCAAGAGUUUUUAAGCAACUUUCGGGUUGAACGCGAUAGCAACGGGGGCCAAUUCCUCGCGGUGGAGUUGCGAGUCCCGUUUUCACUUGGACCAAGCAACUCCACCAGCAAUAACAAUCGCCCACCCAACCACGACCGUCGGUCCGUGCACCCGUCUCAGCGCGGCCCCCAGCGCAACCAGCGGGCCCCUUCCCGCCAUCCAUCCACCAGGGGGCCAUCCCAGCACCCGGGUAACCGAUGUGACAACAAUCGGGGCUACGGGGGGGCUUCUUCCCAGGUUUGCCGGCCCAAAACAGGGCGACGGGAGCCCUCCCAGCACCCCACCCGUGGCAAGUCCACGCAUCGCGCCUCCGCCCCGUACAACCCGCGCACGCGGUCCAAAUCGCAUUACGGGAACAAUGAUGCCCCCAAAGCAACGACUUCCCCCUCCGCCACCCCCUCGAACACCUGGAAUACCUCGCGACAACCGCCACUCGAUCGCCGCUGGGCUCUCACCCCGACGUCCCCUGACCGCCUGUAA